AUCGCUGACCAUUAAGUCAAGAACCAAAGUCCUAUCAUUAAAAACAAUUUCUACCGACGUUUACUAUGCUGCAAGGACAACCUAAAAGACCAAGAUUAUCUCAUGAACCUGCGUCUGAAACACAAUGUUGAAAACACUGAAAUCUACAUGUUUUCUUUCUUUGCUUAUUCUCACCUUCUUCGUAUUUGUUCCCAUUGCUAAUUCAAAAACUCAGAAUUUCUUGCCAAGAGGUUCCUCGUUGUCAGUUGAAGAUGAAUCAGACCUCCUAACCUCACCAGAUAAAACAUUCACUUGUGGCUUCUAUGGGCUGGGAGAAAAUGCUUACUGGUUUGCUAUCUGGUUCACCAAUUCUAAGGACAGAACCGUUGUUUGGGUAGCCAACAGAGACAAGCCUGUGAAUGCCAAGGGCUCCAGAGUUUCUCUUCGUGUAGAUGGUGCCAUGGCGUUGACCGAUUUUGGUGGCCUUUUGACAUGGGAGACCAACGCCACUGGCACUUACACUGAUGCAAGAAGAGCAGAGCUUUUGGAUACUGGAAACCUUGUUCUCAAAGACCCAAAUGGUAAAAUACUAUGGCAAAGCUUUGAUUUUCCAACUGAUACUCUUCUUCCUUACCAAUACCUUACAAAGAGCACAAAGCUGAUAUCUCGUUUGAAAAAUGGGACUCUUCAAUCUGGGUAUUUUAGCUUGCUCUUUGAUAAUGAUAAUGUCUUGAAAAUGAUCCAUGAUGGGCCAGACAUUUCAAGCUUGUACUGGCCUGAUCCUUCUAAGAAUAUUUAUCAAAAUGGCAGAUUUAAUUAUAAUAGUUCCAGAAUUGCUGUCUUUGAUGAAAUGGGUACUCUUAUAUCAAGUGAUCGGUUGCAAUUCAGUGCUUCUGAUGCGGGACUCGGGAUUAAAAGAAGGCUAACAUUGGAUUAUGAUGGGAACCUCAGAGUUUAUAGCCUGAACAAUUUGACAUGGAAGUGGAGGAUUUCAUGGCAAGCUCUUAGUCAAGGAUGUCAUGUGCAUGGGAUCUGUGGAAGAAAUGCAAUUUGUGUAUAUACUCCAGAUCCCAAGUGCUCUUGUCCACAUGGGUUUGAGGUAGCUGAUCCAAGUGACUGGUACAAAGGUUGCAGGCCAACGUUUAACCAAACCUGUUUGCAGUCCGAAGAGAAGUUCGUGCGACUUCCGCAGGUAGAUUACUAUGGAUUUGAUCUUGAUUAUAACGAUAACAUCUCAAUCCAUGAUUGUAGGGAACUCUGCUUGAAGGAUUGUAGGUGUGUAGCGUUCAGCUAUAGACUAACAGAAAGACACUGUUACACAAAAAAUGCACUUUUCAAUGGCUGUAAGUCUCCAAACUUUGAAGGCAGCAUAUACCUAAGAAUGCCAGUGAGUGUAGAAACAUCAGAAUCCAACGUUCUUAAUGAAAUCGGCCUAAAAUGCCCGCUGGCCGAGCCCAAAAUUGUAGUGGGAUCCCCAGACAUGUACACUAGUACUGACCGAAGGAUGAGAUGGCAUUAUCUGUACUCGUUUGUUGCUGCUCUUGGCGGAAUUGAAAUUCUUUUUGUAAUAGCAGGCUUUUGGCUCCACUUUGGAAGAAGACAUGGCUUGCCUGCUUCCGGGGAAGAUGGAUACAAGCUCAUGUCAAGUCAAUUCAGGAAGUUUGGCCAUGCAGAGCUUAAGAAGGCAACAAAGAAUUUCAAGGAAGAGCUUGGAAGAGGCGCUUCUGGGGCGGUAUACAAGGGUAUUUUGGCAGACGAAAGGGUGGUGGCGGUUAAGAGACUUGAAGAUUCUUAUCAAGGGGUGGAUGUUUUUUGGGCAGAAGUGAGCAUAAUUGCAAAUAUCUUCCACAUGAAUCUGGUGAGAAUGUGGGGAUUUUGUUCAAAGGGCAGACACAGACUCCUGGUUUAUGAGUACGUGGAACAUCUAUCACUGGACAAGCAUUUAUUUCCCCCUAAUUUUCUCGGCUGGAAAGAGCGGUUUAAAGUUGCCAUAGGAACGGCCAGGGGUUUAGCCUAUCUUCACCAUGAAUGUCUAGAGUGGGUUAUACAUUGUGAUGUCAAGCCUGAAAAUAUUCUUUUGGGUAGUGACUUUGAACCCAAGAUAGCAGACUUCGGGUUAGCUAAGCUAUCUCAAAGAGCCGACAAGAAAUCUGAAUUCUCUCAAAUUAGAGGUACAAAAGGCUAUAUGGCUCCAGAUUGGGCUCUUAACCUACCCGUCACUGCAAAAGUGGAUGUUUAUAGUUAUGGAGUUGUGAUUCUAGAGUUGGUGAAGGGAAUCCGGCUUUCGAGUUGGGUGGUCAUAGAGGAGGCUGAUGAGCAAGAAACAGAGCUGACAAGAUUUGUGAGGGUAGUAGGAAGAAAAAUAGAGUGCGGAGAGAACUCAUGGAUGGAGGAUGCUGUGGAUUUAAGACUGAAUGGGGAGUACAGCAUGAACCAAGUAAGAAAGAUUGUUGAACUUGGUAUAGCUUGUGUGCAGGAAGAUAGAAACAAGAGGCCAACAAUGGAUUUUGUAGUCCAAGCUUUAUCACAAUGUGAAGAGGAAGAAGGCAUUCUUUAAGCAAGGAGCUAUUCUACUUAAAACUUGGAUGUAUUUUCUUUGAAUCCAUUUUCAGCUGUGAGAAUAAUUUUGUAAUCUUUGUUAGUUAUAUCUUUAGUCAUGGCGUUUUCUGACUGGGUUACUGGAAAGAGAGCUGGUAGAAUAGUGUGUGAAUUUAGUAAAUUUUGCUGUUGCUGCCAUGAGAUUUUUUAAUCCAUAGGUAGUGGAUUAACAUGCAGUAUACUAGGUCAUUGGACUGAU